GGAGGCCGAGGUGCCCGCGGUCGUGGGCGGGUGUUCGUGUGGCCUGGUCAGGGCCAUGUCCGCGUGAGGACGCCGCCGCCGCCCGCGUCCCGGCCCCGGCCCGGCCCGGCUCGCAGCGCACCAUGGGCUCCAUCCUGAGCCGCCGCAUCGCGGGUGUGGAGGACAUCGACAUCCAGGCGAACUCGGCCUAUCGCUAUCCGCCGAAGUCCGGAAACUACUUUGCCUCGCACUUUUUCAUGGGAGGUGAGAAAUUUGACACCCCCCACCCUGAAGGUUACCUCUUUGGAGAAAACAUGGAUCUGAAUUUCCUGGGCAAUCGCCCAGUCCAGUUUCCUUACGUCACCCCUGCCCCCCAUGAGCCAGUGAAGACACUGAGGAGCUUGGUGAACAUCCGAAAAGACUCCCUGCGGCUUGUGAGGUACAAAGAUGGUGCAGACAGCCCCUCCGAGGACAGUGAGAAGCCCCGUGUCCUCUACAGCCUGGAGUUCACCUUUGAUGCCGACGCCCGGGUGGCCAUCACCAUCUACUGCCAGGCGGUGGAGGAGUUCCUGAACGGGACUGCGGUGUACAGCCCCAAGAGCCCCGCCCUGCAGUCCGAGACCGUCCACUACAAGAGAGGGGUGAGCCAGCAGUUCUCCCUGCCCUCCUUCAAGAUCGACUUCUCCGAGUGGAAGGAUGAUGAGUUGAACUUUGACCUGGACCGGGGCGUGUUUCCAGUGGUCAUCCAGGCCGUGGUGGAUGAAGGAGACGUUGUGGAAGUGACUGGCCACGCCCACGUGCUCUUGGCCGCCUUUGAAAAGCAUGUUGACGGCAGCUUCUCUGUGAAACCUUUAAAGCAGAAGCAAAUUGUGGACCGGGUCAGCUACCUGCUGCAGGAGAUCUACGGCAUCGAGAACAAGAACAACCAGGAGACAAAGCCCUCGGACGAGGAGAACAGCGACAACAGCAGCGAGUGUGUGGUGUGCCUGUCGGACCUGCGGGACACGCUGAUCCUGCCCUGCAGGCACCUGUGCUUGUGUAACUCAUGUGCAGACACACUGCGCUACCAGGCCAGCAACUGCCCCAUCUGCCGGCUGCCCUUCCGGGCCCUUCUGCAGAUCCGGGCGGUGAGGAAGAAGCCGGGAGCCCUGUCCCCUGUUUCCUUCAGCCCUGUUCUGGCCCAGAACAUGGACCACGACGAGCAUUCAUGUCCCUUUAAAAAAUCAAAGGCGCACCCCGCCUCACUGGCCAGCAAGAAACCUAAAAGGGAAACAAGCUCUGACAGCAUCCCACCUGGCUAUGAGCCCAUCUCCCUGCUUGAGGCGCUCAACGGCCUUCGGGCCAUCUCCCCGGCCAUCCCUUCAGCCCCCCUUUAUGAAGAGAUCACCUACUCAGGCGUCUCGGAUGGCCUGUCCCAGGCCAGCUGUCCACUCUCUGGGAUCGAUAGAAUCCUGGAAAGCAGCCACCAGAAGGGCAAGCCGAGGAGCAAAUCCCCUGACAGCACCCUGCGGUCUCCGUCAUCCCCCAUCCAUGAAGAGGAUGAGGAGAAGCGGUCCCAGGCCUCGGAUGUCCCUCCCCCGCUGAGUGGGGCGGGGCUGGCACUCAGCAGCUCCCCCGAGAGCUUCAUAAUGGAGGAGGCGGACGAGGUGUCAGCACUGAAGGAAGGGAGCCGAGUGCCGUCCAUCGAGAACGUCUUGCAGGAUGGCAGCCCUGAGCCCUGCAGCCAUGGCCAGCCCCGCCUGCCGGCCGAUAUCUACCUACCAGGAUGGUCCACCUCCAUGGAGACGCCCCACAGCCUCCGUACCACUGGGCCGCCCUGGCCUGUGCUCGGUGGCCCCAGUCCUGACCCUGGGGCCACUGAGCUGACCCCACUCUGAGAGCCUGGCCAGGCUGGCAGCAUGGAGCCCUUAGCUCCCCAGACUUUGCCGAGGGGCCACCGGAUUCCAGCAUGACCCCUGGCCUCUCCUGUCUUGCACGCUCUGCGUGGCCACUGGUUCUGAGGGGCCACACGACCCUUGAUUGAAGAGCACAGUGGACUGUCUCC